UUUCCCCUUUCCCGCGUCGGAUCUCAAACUGAAACUGCACGCAACAACAUGGCGGAUGAAGAAACCGAAUCCAUCGUUAAUCGUUGGAUUGUCGAUUAUUAUGUGUCUUUGGCGAUAGAGACAUUUAGAAGUGACCAAUACGAGGACUUUUGUGAAAUACGAAAUGUUAUUGAAUGUAUCUUGCACCGUCCAGUGGCAACCAAUACCAUCAUACCUACAAAGCUUGAGAUAUUGCAGAUACUCUCAAGGAUUAAUGAGGGUGAAAAUAUUGACCUGUCGUUUGAAACGGACAGCUCAGUAACCCCUCUGGAAUCCGCACUGAAUCUUCUGGAAAAGAUGAGCGAGAAGAGUGAUGUUCCACAGAAGGACUUGAAACAUCUUUGCACCUCAGUUAGAGAGAUGAUGAUGAUGAUUUUGAUUAAGAACAAGGAGUUUAACAGAGCAAAGGAGCUGCUGGGGAAACAUUUUAGACAACCAAAGGUUGCAAAAAAAACGUUAUUCACAAAUCUCAUCAGUCUGAGGACCAACAAGCAUAAAGUCAUUGAAGAAAUGGACAUGAGGGAGCUAAAGGAAGAGGCGUUGACCUUUCUUCUGAAACUUUGCCCAUACACUCUUCCUUUUCUUAGCAAGCAGGCUGCAAAACAGCUUCUCAAAGAACGGGAUAAGCGAGGCUAUAACAGUACGACGGCUGAAGGACCAGAUAACGACGUUGAGCUCAAUCCAGCCAGUCCGAAUAAAAACGUCACCGAGUUUACCCAGUUGCUCAUGAGUGAUUACUCAUUUAUUGAAAAGAGCAGACUGAUGUCGGCCUACCAGGCUUUGGCUACAGGUGGACUUCUACUUUCCUUUUCACAACUGGAGGAUAUAUUGGGAAAUGAGAAGCUGGAAACAAGGUUUCUGGUUUCUGCCAGGGACGACACAAGUAAAGACCCAGAGCUUGACGAGCGGUUUCAGAGAGACUCUGGCAGCCCCGUGGAGGCUGCCCCGGCGGGACCACAUGCUCAAAACGAUGUCCCUUCUCAGUCGAAAACCGGUUCACCACAAACCACCCACACAAGGAGGAAACGACAGCUUUACACCGUGUCAAAGUUUGUUAUGGAGCCGGACAGUCAGGAGAGCUCAGCUUCUCAGGCGCGGGAGGCUGCAGUCAGAGGUGAAGAGCAAGGACAGUCACAAAUUGUACCCAAUGCAGAUGAAGCAGUUGUCUGUACAAAGCGACCAAGACGAGUCACAAAGAGAUUUCCUGCCAAUGAAGCUGAAGAGUCUGCACAAAGUGAGGAGCAAUCGCCAUCAGCAGCUAGUAAGCAAGCACCUCAAACACAGCAUCAUAAUCGAAGUUCACCCAACAGAAAGUACACCGAACCAGAAGAACUGGCACUGAACAGUGAAGAUGAGGUGCAGGACUCCACAUUUAAUUACAACAAAACUCCUGUGCAUAGAAAUGCGGGAGCAGCAAACAAGGAUGAAGUGGUGAUCAUAGACUCACUGGAUAGGUCCCCCUCUUCGGAUGAUCAUCAAAGCACCCCUCAGAAAAGUUCCACUCCUACCAAGCAGGCACGGGACUCCAGGCCCGCCCACUCAAAAUGGAAGGACUUGUGUAGCAAGGCCAAGGAGACUAAGGUCGUUUGGAGUGAUGAUGACAUACAUUGUGAUGAAUCGUCUUGCAGGAGUUCAUUUUCAGGACAAAAGAGGAGGAUGUGGACUGAAGAGGAAACAGAGAAGCUGAAGAGUGCAGUGAAAAGAUUUGGAGAGGGCAACUGGAGAAAGAUCAAGUCCUAUUAUGUAUUCAGUGAUAGGACAAAUGUCCAGCUAAAGGACCGGUGGAGAACAAUGAAGAAGUUAAACUUGGUGUGAGUGCUUCUUAAAAGGUGAAUAUUAUACAAUGUGCAGCGCCUUAAAACAAGAUCAACUUAAUUGUAAAUGUAAGUUUCACAUUUAUUUUGUUCAUUUUAUUUUGAACACUUUUAGAAUUUGUUUACAAAGAAUAUGAUGCUAAGGAGCCACCUGUAUUUGUCACACACAUGACCCCAUUGUUUGAAACAUCUACCCAUUUGUUUUUAACUGAAUCCUUUGUAGAAAAUAGACAUUCUAGACAAAUAAAUAUUCAGGGUUCAAUCAA